AACAAAAAGCACUCGCAAGAAAAAUAACGAAAGAAAAUAAUACAAAUAUUAGUAGUAUUAGAGGAAAUAAUCAAAUCAAGAAAACUGUUUAAGCAAUUUGUUUGGUAAUUUCACAUAGACAUAUCCACUGCCUUCACAGGUUCUUCCUCUUCAGGCCAAUCCACCCAUUCUACUCUCAAAUUUUCUUCCUCAGAAGUCAUUGCAGCACACCAACAAAAAGAAAAAGUAAAUUUUAUCUCAUGAACUCCAGUGUUGUUUUUGUGAUCUAGGUCACAAAUAAAACUCUGGGUUUUGUUUUUUUGAUUUCAUUGUUGUGGUAAGCUAUGAAGGGAUCUUUUUCCAACAGGUUAAAGAUCUUCAGCUUUGUUUUAGCAUGUAUGUUUUUGGCAGGAUUUGUUUUUUCAGCUGUGACUGAAGAUGAUAUGAAGUGCCUGGAAGGUGUCAAGAAUUCUCUAAACGACCCAGAUGGGAAGUUAAGCGGGUGGACUUUCAAUAACAAUUCAGUUGGUUUUAUAUGCAAGUUUGUUGGAGUUUCAUGUUGGAAUGAACGGGAAAACCGCCUGUUAAGUCUGGAACUUCGUGACAUGAGACUGUCAGGACAGUUACCUCAAUCUUUAGAGUACUGUCAGAGUUUGCAGAUUUUGGAUCUGUCAGCCAACCAACUUUCUGGUAUGAUCCCUCCACAGAUAUGUUCUUGGUUACCUUAUUUAGUAACCCUCGAUCUGUCUAGCAAUGAUCUGUCAGGUCCCAUACCACCUGAAUUGUCAAAUUGUGCGUAUCUGAAUAAUUUGAUACUGUCAAAUAAUAGGCUUUCAGGGUCAAUUCCAUACCAAUUAUCCGGUUUAGAUAGGCUGAAGAAGUUUUCUGUAGCAAAUAAUGAUCUCACAGGUCCUAUUCCUUCAUCUUUUGCGAAUCAAGAGAAGGCAAAUUUUGCUGGGAAUAGUGGUCUUUGUGGGGUUCCUCUUGGAAAGUGUGGGGGUUUGAGUAGGAGGAAUUUGGCGAUUAUAAUUGCAGCUGGGGUUUUUGGUGCUGCAGCUUCAAUGUUGUUGGGACUUGGGGUUUGGUGGUGGUACCAUUUGCAAUGGAUUCGGAGGAGGAAGAAGGGUUAUAUUGGAAGGGGUGAUGACAGUAGUUGGGCUGAGAGGUUAAGGGCUCAUAAGUUGAUUCAAGUUUCAUUGUUUCAGAAGCCACUUGUGAAAGUUAAGUUGGCUGAUUUGAUGGCAGCAACAAACAAUUUCAGUGCAGAGAACAUCAUAAUUUCCACUAGGACGGGAACGACCUAUAAGGCAGUGCUUCCUGAUGGAUCGGCCCUUGCAAUCAAGAGGCUUUCAACUUGCAAGCUUGAUGAGAAGCAAUUUCGUUGGGAGAUGAAUAGGUUAGGCCAGCUUAGGCAUCCAAAUUUGGCACCCCUUUUGGGAUUUUGUGUUGUGGAGGAGGAGAAGUUGCUAGUUUAUAAGAAUAUGUCCAAUGGGACUCUCUAUUCCUUGCUACAUGGGAGUGUUGCUGCCGUAGAUUGGCCAACUAGAUUUAGGAUUGGUUUGGGUGUAGCGAGGGGUCUCACUUGGCUGCACCAUGGGUGCCAGCCUCCAUUUCUGCAGCAGAACAUCUGCUCCAAUGUGAUUCUUGUUGAUGAGGACUUUGAUGCUAGGAUAAUGGACUUUGGAUUGGCAGGGCUUAUGAUUUCCUCGGAUGUUAAUGAAACUAGUUUUAUGAAUGGUGAUUUAGGUGAAUUUGGUUAUGUAGCUCCAGAGUAUUCAAGCACUAUGGUGGCUUCACUUAAAGGGGAUGUGUAUGGAUUUGGUGUUGUGCUUCUGGAGCUGAUAACUAGGCAAAAACCCCUAGAAGUUAAUGCAGGUGAAGAAGGAUUCAAGGGUAAUUUGGUGGAUUGGGUAAAUCAUCUCUCUAACUCUGGUAGAAUCAAGGAUACUAUUGACAAGGCUCUCUGUGGAAAGGGUUAUGAUGAGGAAAUUUUGCAGUUCCUCAAAAUUGCAUGUAAUUGUGUUGUUUCUCGGCCAAAGGACAGAUGGUCUAUGUUCCAGGUUUACCAGUCAUUGAAAAGCAUGGCUGAGGAAAAUGGUUUCUCAGAAGAGUUUGAUGAUUUCCCUCUGAUUUUCACCAAGCAAGAUAAUGAACCAAUGUAGCUCUGGAGUAAAAUCGGGACAAGUACGCAAAAUGUUAGUGCAUACAAAAUUUCUACAUGUUGUUGUAAGUUCUCAAAGGCUUUUUAUAUAUAUAUAUAUAU